ACACAGCAAACAUGGGUCAGUCAAUGGGGUCUCCUGAAGGUCAACAUCACCAGGCCGAUGGCGAUGAGUCCGACGGAUACCAAGUAAUGACGGUUGAAGAGAUCAACAAAAUCCAACUCGGCAAGCUCAUCAUCAAGUACUGUGGACACGAAGGGACAACAGACAACGAACAAACUGCAAGCCUUCGCAGGUUACUGCAGCGGGCAAUCACUAACCUGGAACCCCUACAGGAGCAGUACCCGGGGGUAUGGAGGGAUGCAGAACUCAAGAUAUUUGACCUGUAUGGGAAUGGUUAUGUGGUUAAGUCUGGGCAGGGUUCUGUCAAGUUUGUAGUUCAAAUUACAGGAAAAGGUGAUGUUGAGCUUAGUAAGAUCAAAGAGGAGAGUUGGUGGACCUCCAUGAAAGCUCUUUUUAAGAGGCAAGAUACUCAGCAGCUUCAGAUAGAGGGUGCCCCUCCUGAACAGAGUAAUGCUAGUCAAAGCUGGCUCUCUUCCUUCCUUUCGUUCUGGCCGUCUAAUAGUGGUUCACAACCAAGAGAGGGUCAGGUAGAGGGUGUUUUCCAGAUGGUCCCAGGCAACCAUGCUGAAGAUGGGGAUGGGACACCUCAUGGGGAACCUCAGGCAGAGGCUGUUUCUCCGAUGGUCCCGGGCAGCCCUGGUGAAGAUGGGGAUGGGACACCUCAUGGGGGACCUCAGGCAGAGGCUGUUUCUCCGUUGGUCCCGGGCAACCAUGGUGAAAAUGGGGAUGGGACACCUCAUGGGGAACCUCAGGCAGAGGCUGUUUCUCCGAUGGUCCCGGGCAACCAUGGUGAAAAUGGGGAUGGGACACCUCAUGGGGAACCUCAGGCAGAGGCUGUUUCUCCGAUGGUCCCGGGCAACCAUGGUGAAAAUGGGGAUGGGACACCUCAUGGGGAACCUCAGGCAGAGGCUGUUUCUCCGAUGGUCCCAGGCAGCCCUGGUGAAGAUGGGGAUGGGACACCUCAUGGGGAACCUCAGGCAGAGGCUGUUUCUCCGAUGGUCCCGGGCAACCAUGUUGUUGACCGAGCAUGA